AUGGCGUUGACGCGCAAGAAGAGUUUCCUAUUCUCCAACGAGAUGGUCACGCUUGCGUUGGAUGAAGGCAAGAUCGCUGUACACAAUGAAGUGCUCAUGCAGAGUGCAUACUUCCAACGGUGGCUUACGCCCAUGGAACAGACACCCGUAGCAAAAGGCGUUUUGCACAUACAAGGGUACAAGAAAGCCACAGGCAUCGAAAUGGCGAACUGGCUAUACUCUGCAACAUCCUCCAGCUUCACUUCUGACACGCUGAAUACCACCGGCACAGAAGCGGUGGAGCGUGGUUGGCGACUUGUCGAUGCAUACCGGCUUGCUAGGGAUACCGAACUGGAAGAAUGGCAGAACCACCUGGCUGAUGCUUUCUUAGAAAUAGCGGAUCAAGACGUACCGUGGAUGAGAUACCUACAACGUCUCUGCACACCCGAAGAGCCCGAUACUGGGCUGGUCGGACUCUUGUUCACAGCGCUUGCCCGGGAUAUUCGCCGUCAUGGCUGGGAAGAGUACAUGAACAAAAUUGAAACGAGCUUAGUGAAGGCGCUUCACGGGAAUGGCAAAUUUGCUACACGCCUGAUGAAACGAGUACUGGAGUCGGAGGGUGUGAGCGAGAAGAGUUUCAAGGCAACGAGUUGCAAAUGGCACAUUCAUAAUCAUACACCUCAGUGUGCAGGCAUCUGA